UCUUGUCCUUUUCUUUUUAUUUGAUUCACCAUCAUUAUAAUAUUUUUCGCCUUCCUUUCCUUUCGCUUCGUUUCGUGUCUUUUUUCUUUACUUUUUUUUUCUCUUCUUUCGCUUUUCGAAUUACUAAAUUUCAAUUUCGCUGUUCCCCCUUUCCCCCUCUGUCCUUUAUUUUGUAUAUUUCCUCUUCUCAUUUUCAUUUUCACUUUGUACCUGCUCUUUUUUCUUUUUUAAAUUUGUCCUACACUUUUUUUACACGCAACCUUUUUAUCCCCCCUAUGAAUAUGAGACUAGAAGAAAGGCUUUCCAGGUGGGCUGAACAGCCCGAGGACGAGGCCGACGACGAUUAUGGUCUCAUUAUAGAUGAGAGCGUCACCGCCGAGGCGACUCGCCCAAUGCCACCCAAAUUCAACAAAGCCGGGUCGUGCUCGCUGCUCCCCUCCAGCACCAUCAUGUCGCCCUCUGCCCUACUGCCAGCCAAUCUGCACGCCCUCCACUGGCCGCGGUCGAAGACGCCUGGAGCACCCGUAGACGUGCUGCAGCGAUACGUGGAGAGCGCAGACAACGAAAACUAUGAUGACUUGGUGCUGCCCGAGGAGGAGCACAUGUUGGAUAAGCAACUGCGGCAAUGGAGGACACCGACGAAGCUGCAGUCGAACUGGGCCAAAAACAUGGGGGUGUGCGUUGAAGUGACGAUGUCGGGUGCUACUGCUGUGGAGUUCCCCGCAGUAGUGGAGAUUUCGCCGACAGCAGAGGACUGGGUCAUGGUAACAGCAACAACCCCAACACCUACGAAGGAGACAAAGGAGUAUGCCCCCGAGCAGCGCAAGUCGACGCCCAGGACGGCGGCAAUGGCGCUGGGCCUCGGCCUGGUGCAGCCCGUGCGCGCGGUGCUGAGCUCGGGCUCGAAACAGCGUAUUCCCUCUUCCAAGCCCCGGAUGGCCGACUGGCAGCACGUUGAGAUCCCGCCCAACUUUUCUCCGACGCCAGCGCCAACACCGACACUGACGCCGACUCAGCUGCCGCCCCAGAACCUGAACCUGAGCCUGAGCCUGAAUCCGAACCAGAUUCAGAGCUAUAAUUUGAACCUGAACCAGCAGAGGCACAGGGCGACUCAGAUCCACCAUGCGCAGAUACAGCACAGGUCGACAUCGCAAUGCGGGCAACUAUCGCCAAGCCAUUCCCACAUUCCAUCGCAUUUUCUCCAGCCGUCGCUCUCGCAGCCGCAGCCGCAACUGCUGUCACAACCACAUGUGCAGCGCAGCGCUGCACGGCGACCGAUUCUGAUCAAGAGUGCACAGCGUGCAGCCGAGCCCGUGGUUGUCGGCUGCAUGCGUUACGACCCGAUCAGUCGCGUGUGGGUCGGCAAUGAGGAGGAGGGCUCGCGCUUUGCCAACGCCAUUGCUGAGUCCGAGCGCCAGCUCUCCCGUGCUCGCGCCAACACUCUGCGCACCGAGCGGCUCAUCGACACGGACAAGCUGGCGCGCAAGAUCUCGCAGCGCUCAGGCAACCCGGCGCCACUGCAGCUUUCUGAGAAAAUGGUUGUUGUGUCGCCCGAGUGCCAGGCCUGGCGCACAUCACCGCCUGCCGUGCAUGUUCGUCAGCCCGCUAGUCCAUUGUCGCCGGGCGCAUUGGAAGCCGCGACGAAGGGCAGGCCGGUGCUGAUUCCGCCCUCUGCUGCUGUCGACAUGGUGGGCCAGACGGGUGGACGCGCGAGGCCGAUAUUUGAUCCGCAGAAUUUGCGCUGGAUUGAUCCGAAUGAGACUCAGAAGGACCCCAGCGGCGACCCGUUUCGGAAUAUUACCGAGCUGCCAGUCGAGCCCAAGCCGGCAGGAACGGCGUACAGCGGCCGCAUGAGGAGCUCAUCAGAGUCGAUUGGCUCUGACAACCGCAAUUGCUUUACGUUGACUGAUGAGCAGAUUGAGGCGUACCAACGAGAAAGCGCCGAGUACGAGGCAUUUGCACAGCAUUGGUUUCCAAAGUCUGCGAUUUGACUCCCCCACCCACACCCCCAUUUCCCCCUCUCUUGCACUAUUUCAAACGGUCCCUAUUUUCCUCCACACUAUUUUUUCAAUACUUUUGCUUCGUAUACAUAUAUGUGGUCCCUCUUUUUAAUUUUAUUUAUAUAUUUUACAUUGCCAAGCAAAUAAAUACAUUGUUUAUUUUAUUUGCACCUAUUUUA